UAUUGAGUACUUUUUGACGUUUCUACGUUUCUGAAUUAAGCGAAUUUCUGUUUCCCUAAAAAAUAGUUUUUCAAGUUAUUUAGGGAUCAAAAAAUUAAAUAUAAUCGUGGUAAAAUGGAAAUAUUAGUGGCGAAUGUAGAUCACAUGAAAUUCGAUAUAGAUUACGCAUUAGAACAACAGUAUGGAGCUUUGCCUUUGCCUUUUCCUGGGAUGGACAAAUCGACAGCGGCGGUGUGCGAAUUCUUCAGUCAACCUGGAGGGUGCAAUAAUGGUCCCCAAUGCCCCUACCGGCACGUGAGAGGGGACCGAACGGUUGUCUGCAAGCAUUGGCUCCGAGGUCUCUGUAAAAAAGGGGACCAGUGUGAGUUCCUCCACGAGUAUGACAUGACAAAGAUGCCCGAGUGUUACUUCUACGCUAGAUUCAAUGCAUGUCAUAAUAAAGAGUGCCCGUUCCUGCAUAUUGAUCCAGAGAGUAAGAUUAAGGAUUGUCCGUGGUAUGACAGAGGGUUCUGUAGACAUGGGCCGCACUGCAGACAUAGACAUGUGCGACGAGUGUUAUGCAUGAACUACUUAUCAGGGCUUUGCCCCGAUGGCCCGAGCUGCAAGUACAUGCAUCCAAGGUUUGAACUGCCCGCCCCGCCGGAACAGACGAAGGAUGCUAAACGUUUACCUGUUUGUCAUUACUGUGGAGAUGUGGGUCAUAAAGCAUCUUCUUGUAACAAGCUUCCUGCUGAGCAACGGGAGGCAGCACAAAAACAAGAGGAAGCCAGAUACAGAGCAUUGGGCUAUGUUAAGCCAGCUGACAAUGAAGCUGUGAACCCCAAAGCAUACCCCCUGGCCGACGCGACCUUGACGUCCAAAAUACUUAACUUGGUCCAGCAAGCUGCUAACUACAAGCAACUUCGCAAGGGAGCCAACGAAGCAACCAAAACUCUGAACAGAGGACUUUCUGAGUUCAUCAUAAUGGCAGCAGACGCUGAACCCUUAGAGAUUGUACUACACAUUCCUAUUUUGUGUGAAGACAAAAAUGUGCCUUAUGUUUUUGUCAGGUCUAAGCAAGCUCUAGGCAGAGCAUGUGGAGUGUCGAGACCGAUCGUGGCAUGCUCUAUAACUAUAAAUGAGGGCUCUCAGCUGAAACCACAAAUUCAGAGUAUUCAGCAAGAAAUUGAAAGACUUUUAGUGUAAGUGAUGGACAGUUGGAUGUGUUAUUUUUGUAAAUACAUUCUGUAACAACAAAA